CGGGUACACACAUAGCGCAAACCACAUUCAUGACAAAAUGUAUGCACAGAUUUCGUUUUGAUAUCCCGCUAUCUAUUUUUGUAGAACCUGUUGACCUUCACCGAGUCGACUUUUAUGAAAUCCCAAAUGAAUGGAAGCUACACAAGCAUUAAGCGAUUCACAUUGUGACGCUGAUGGUAUGUUUUAUGGAAAGGCUAUUGAAUGUACAACUGACACGCAUUUCAGUAGGGUUGUAUUCCAGAGUCUAGGUGUUGUCUAACACAAAACUGUAAAGGAGAGGAACAUGACAUCCCCUAGAAUUACGUACGAUGAGGAGGAGGAUGUUUCUGAUGAGAGUGAGAUGGAGAUUGUCGUCCUGACAGACCCAGGAGGAAGCACGAUGAGGAUGCAAAAGGUUGACAACGUGAUCUAUGGGACCCCUUACAUGGCUCAAGUGCUCAAGCAGAUAAAACAUGUCCAACUGAGGGAGAGUGAUAUAUAUUUGACAGCUUUCCUACGAACAGGUACUUUGCAUUGUCGACUUGGCGACUCUCGUGUCAUACAGAUCAAACUUAUUAUACGUGACGGUAUGAGCAUUUGCGCAUUAUGAAUAUACGAUAUAUAUAUGACGUUUUUAGAACCGUCACAUAACGAUAUAUCAUGUGUCUAGCAUAUCUUGGUUACACCUUCAUUAUUUGAUAGACAGGCUCCGAUUAACGAAUCGUAUCUUGCUCAAUGGCAUGAUUAAUCAUGCAACAAUAUGGUUUACUUUUACGGGGCCCUUGAAGAUCCGGGUUAGAAUUUAUCUUCAAUAACCCAUGCAAGUCGUAAGAGGCGACUAACGAGAUCGGGUGGUCAGGCUCGCUGACAUGGUUGACACGUCAUCAUAUCCCA